AUGUCUACCGAUCAGCCCGAAAAUGGCUGGCCUGGCAAAGAGGACGAGUCGCUGUCAUCCAUCGACUCCAACGCCCGACCCCGGCGAGCCUCCGCCACCACUCGACGGUCGCGUCGCAAGAAGGAUGAGGACGCCGAUGCCAGUCAGAAAGAUCUCCCUAGGUCAAAAUCUCAAAAGGACAACACCCAACAGUUAAAAGAUAGCGCAAAGGACGCCAAGGAAAAAUCCAAACCCCGGGGAAGUCGUCGCCAACGGGAAAA